AACAGAACAAGCAGCAACGAUGAACCUCUACCUCGACUCUGCUCAGUUUAUAGACCAGAAAACUGCAUACGCGACCGAGUCGGUAAACAGCUUCUCGGCCCUGCAUGCGCGGAUCGAGGCGAAACUCUCGACGCUCAAGUCCGAGCCGAAGCGGAUCUACGCGCUGCUGCGGUCGACAAUCAGGUACAAGGAACUGCUCGAUGUCGUGAUCAAAGAGAGUCAGAUCUUGAAAGAGGAGCGCAGGUUGAGUUAUUCGGUUGCGGUACUCUUGCUACAUGAUUUGUUGAUCUCAAAGACCGGGAUCACGGCCGGGAAGGGACCGUUGAAGGAUGCAGUGCUUAGGCACAAGGUCAGAUUGAAGGGCGAGUUUACAAAAGUGUUGGUGAAGAAGGGGAUAGCAGAUCUCUCUUCUUUCAACGCUUCUGCUAAUGACCGCCAGAUUCGCUGGAUCAGAGUGAAUACAGUGCUCGCAUCCGCUCUACCAGAAAUUCUCCCAUUCUCGCCGACAACUACCUUCCCUCCUCCCCCAAACACAAUCUACAAAGACCCGUACAUCGAAAACCUCUACGCGGUCGCAAACACGCACACCCGUCUUAUUCUCGGAACACAGGCGUACAAAACAGGUGCGCUUAUCCUGCAAGACCGAGCGUCCUGCUUUCCAGCACAGAUCCUCGCCCCGCACCCCGGCGAGACCGUGAUUGAUUCCUGCGCGGCGCCGGGAAAUAAAACGACUCAUAUAUGCGCGCUCAUGGGCGGCGAUGGGUCUGUGAUUGCGUACGAGCGCGACGAGGCGCGGGCGCAGGUACUUUCGCGGAUGGUCAAGCGCGCGGGCGCGGGCGACAUGGUGCGUGUUGAAAACUCGGAUUUCACGCGGAGUAAACCGCCAGAGAUGAACAAGGUCGAGCGGAUAUUAUGUGAUCCAUCGUGCUCGGGAAGUGGUAUUUUCCGCAAGGACGAGUUCAAGGUUAGCAGGACAAAAGAGAUCGAGGGUAUAGAGGACGAGCAGGACGGGGUUAUUACUACGAAUGAUAAAGAGGUAUUGGCGAGCAGACUCUUCAAUCUCGCGUAUUUCCAGAAAAAAAUCGUUAAGCACGCGCUUGUGGAUUUCCCAAACGUCAGGCGGGUGGUGUAUUCGACCUGCUCGAUCCAUGCGGAGGAGAACGAGGACGUCGUCAGAGGUUUACUUACCGAUCCCGACGUCGCACGUCUGGGCUGGCGGUUGCUGAAACGACAAGACGCGAUUCCGCACUGGGAGAGAAGAGGAUGGACGGAGCGGUUUGAAGGAAUACAGAGAGAGGGGUAUGAUGUCCAGAGUCCGGCAGAGUUAGCAGACGGGUGCGUCAGAGCCGAGCCGGUUGCUGAUGGCGGAAUUGGGUUUUUUGUUGCUGGAUUUGAGAAGGUUGGUGAGCCACUUGAGAUGGCUCCAAAAGCGGAUAGAAAACGUGAGCAUGAGGAGAAAAGUGAGGAACAAAAUGAGGAUGAGGAGGACGAUGUGGAGGAGUGGAACGGGUUUGGCGUUGAUGAUGUUGUGGCUCCAAUUCCCAACUCGAAUGACAGCUCGAACGAGUCCAACGGCAAAAAGACAAAGAGAAAGAACAAGAAGAAGAAAACGGCAUGAAUUGUAUUGUUUACAGAAAAAAAAUCACAAAAAUAUAGAAAGAA